CUCAUUGAUCCUUGCGCCAUCACCCACGGCUCUGACCUGAUUCCUUCAUUGCAUUAGCCUGGCUCCUCCAUGGUUCUCCUCAGAAGAUGCCUUCUGUAAAAGUUUCGUUCCCUCCACCUCGUUGGGAUGUACAGCUAGCUGCGCUUGACCGUUUCCUUACCUCCAUCGUUUCCUCAUAUUCUCUGCCAGGCUUUCUCCUGUCUAAUGGGUGCCUGCACCCCUGCUUGACCGCUCUGCUCAUCAACGUAUUUGUUGCAUCUAUUUUGCUUCCAUCCUGCUGGCAAAAGAAUCGAGCGUUCUGUUCUCUCUCUCUCUCUCUCCCUUGCUGCGCCUGUCCGUCUGUUUUUAUUCGUGCUAGGACACAUUCUUCUCCUUACUCGCCUGCCAUCGUCAUCUUGCAUGUAGUAGUACUACUGGCUCGUUUUGGUUCUGCGCUUGCUUGCUUGAUUGAUUCAUCAAUGAUCCAAAUUCCUGGUUGUUCUGUUGACGAUUCCUGCCCCCAUCUAUUUAGCAGGUGUGUCUGCUUGUUGUUUUCUUUUUGAGAUAUCAUACCCGGUGUUGUGCUGUCUUGACUUGUCUUUUAACCCAUGUGUUGUGUACGUGUGUGUGUGUCUUGUAAAUAUCUUGUCUGUUGCUGCGCAAAGGGGAUGGUCUAUAGCCCCCUCGUUGAGAGUUCUAUGUGCAUGCCUGCAUGUCCGCAUGCCCUGAAUGGAUUAUGCCGUUCAUUUUA